CUGGUAACUAAGGCGAUGAGAGGGAUUUCCCACGGAAGCGAGCGGAUGUCAUUUUGUGUGAGGGCCAACCCCCGGGGCAUGCUGGCUAGUAGCGACGAGGGUGCGGGUCUGGAAGGCGCCGGGGUCCCUGGGGCAGAAACGUUUCUCGGUGGAUGUAGAGAAACGUGUUGUGAGAAACUGUAUCUUUGAAGUGGAGGCGUGACCGUCUUGCCCGGGUCCAAGAUGACGGCGUGGCGUCUCUGACCGUGUCGCUUCCGCUCGUCCGCGCUGAAACCCCCCAUUGAUUGGCCAGCGGACGGCGCCGUGGCGUGACGUGCAGGGGCGCCGGCCAAUCCGUAGAGAGCUGAGCUGGACUUGGAAGUGGGAGCGAGAGCCCGGCUUUUCCAGCUGUGGGUUUGGACGGCGGUGGCCAGUUCCCUUUCAGACUAUGGCAACGUAUCUGGAGUUCAUUCAGCAGAACGAAGAGCGGGAUGGCGUGCGUUUCAGCUGGAAUGUGUGGCCCUCCAGCCGCUUGGAGGCCACGAGGAUGGUUGUUCCUUUGGCUUGUCUCCUCACGCCUUUGAAAGAACGGCCCGACCUGCCCCCUGUACAGUAUGAGCCUGUGCUCUGUAGCAGACCGACUUGCAAAGCUGUUCUCAAUCCUCUUUGUCAGGUUGAUUAUCGUGCAAAACUUUGGGCCUGUAAUUUCUGUUUCCAAAGAAACCAGUUUCCUCCAGCUUAUACAGGCGUAUCUGAGGUGAAUCAGCCUGCCGAGCUGAUGCCCCAGUUUUCUACAAUUGAGUACGUGGUGCAGCGAGGUCCCCAGACCCCUCUGAUCUUUCUCUAUGUGGUCGACACAUGCUUGGAAGAAGAUGACCUUCAAGCACUCAAAGAGUCCCUGCAGAUGUCCCUAAGUCUCCUUCCUCCAGAUGCCCUGGUGGGGCUCAUCACUUUCGGGAGGAUGGUGCAGGUGCACGAGCUAAGCUGUGAAGGAAUCUCCAAAAGUUAUGUCUUCCGAGGGACCAAGGAUUUAACUGCAAAACAAAUACAGGAUAUGCUGGGCCUGACCAAGUCAGCCAUGCCCAUGCAGCAACCAAGACCUGCUCAAGCCCAGGAGCACUCUUUUAUUUCAAGCAGAUUUCUGCAGCCCAUUCACAAGAUUGACAUGACCCUCACUGAUCUUCUGGGAGAGCUGCAGAGAGACCCGUGGCCAGUAACUCAGGGGAAGAGACCCUUGCGCUCCACCGGGGUUGCCCUGUCCAUUGCUGUUGGCCUGUUGGAGGGCACGUUUCCUAACACCGGAGCCCGGAUCAUGCUGUUCACAGGCGGUCCUCCCACCCAAGGGCCUGGCAUGGUCGUUGGCGAUGAACUAAAGGUUCCUAUUCGUUCCUGGCAUGACAUUGAGAAAGAUAAUGCACGUUUCAUGAAGAAGGCAACCAAGCAUUAUGAGAUGCUUGCUAAUCGAACUGCUGCAAACGGCCACUGCAUUGAUAUUUAUGCCUGUGCCCUUGAUCAGACUGGGCUUUUGGAGAUGAAGUGUUGUACAAACCUCACUGGAGGCCACAUGGUGAUGGGAGAUUCUUUCAACACUUCCCUCUUCAAGCAGACAUUCCAAAGAAUUUUUAGUAAGGAUUUUAAUGGAGAUUUCCGAAUGGCAUUCGGUGCUACUUUAGAAGUGAAGACCUCUCGGGAACUGAAGAUUGCAGGAGCCAUUGGUCCGUGUGUAUCCCUGAAUGUGAAAGGACCGUGUGUGUCAGAAAAUGAGCUUGGUGUUGCUGGCACAAGUCAGUGGAAAAUCUGUGGCCUGGAUCCUACCUCUACGCUUGGCAUCUACUUUGAAGUUGUCAAUCAGCACAAUGCCCCAAUUCCCCAAGGAGGCAGAGGCGCCAUCCAGUUUGUCACUCAGUAUCAACACUCCAGCACCCAGAGACGCAUCCGUGUGACCACCAUCGCCCGAAACUGGGCAGAUGCACAGAGUCAGCUCAGGCACAUUGAAGCCGCAUUCGACCAGGAGGCUGCAGCAGUUCUGAUGGCGCGGCUUGGGGUGUUCCGAGCGGAGUCCGAGGAGGGGCCCGACGUGCUCCGGUGGCUGGAUCGACAGCUCAUCCGACUGUGUCAGAAGUUUGGACAGUAUAACAAAGAAGACCCCUCUUCUUUCAGGUUAUCAGACUCCUUCUCUCUAUAUCCUCAGUUCAUGUUCCACCUCAGAAGAUCGCCGUUCCUCCAGGUGUUUAACAACAGCCCCGAUGAGUCGUCGUAUUACAGGCACCACUUUGCACGGCAGGAUCUGACGCAGUCCCUCAUCAUGAUCCAGCCGAUCCUCUACUCCUACUCGUUCCAGGGGCCCCCCGAGCCAGUGCUCCUGGACAGCAGCAGCAUCCUGGCCGACAGAAUUCUGCUGAUGGACACCUUCUUCCAGAUUGUCAUUUACCUGGGUGAGACGAUAGCCCAGUGGCGGAAAGCGGGAUAUCAGGACAUGCCUGAGUACGAAAACUUCAAGCACCUCCUGCAGGCACCCCUGGAUGAUGCGCAAGAAAUCCUGCAAGCGCGCUUCCCGAUGCCGCGUUACAUCAACACGGAGCACGGAGGCAGUCAGGCUAGAUUUCUUUUGUCCAAAGUGAACCCAUCUCAGACACACAAUAACCUGUUUGCCUGGGGCCAGGAGACCGGAGCCCCCAUCCUCACUGAUGACGUCAGCUUGCAGGUGUUCAUGGAUCAUCUGAAGAAGCUGGCAGUGUCCGGCGCCUGCUGAGGGACGAUGUGCCCGGGAGGGGAGGACGCACUCUGAGAGUGUGCACGGUUGUUUGUAAAGGCUUAGUAACGUUCCUUUCACUCUUCUGGUGGGUUUUAAGAGGUCAUCAAAGGAAAUUCUGACUGCAGCCCUCGAUUAUAAGUUAUUUGUAUUCCUCUUCUGUGCCCUUUUUCCUGUACCAUGCAAUUAUAAGGUCAUCACUGUUGUGCUACUUGUAGAUGUUUAUGUUCUUUUUCUGUCCUAACUUUUAUAACCUGUGUGAAAUCAGAGGUCAUGUAUUUUGGCAGCUUGUUUAAAUGGAAACCUUAAUCAUCAUAAUGGAAAUAAAUCUGGCCGGAAAAAGCACCAACUAAAACAA